AUGACUAAGAACCCAACAGAUGCGAAGGAUUUGAUUGACAAGAUGGCGGCUAAUGAUAGUUACCAUCCAGGGGGACGAAAUGUUACCAAUAGAGAUCAAGCAAAAGUCCAAACAAAACAAUGCAAUGCAAUUUUCGUGAAGAGAGAUGAAUUGACUAAAGGAGGAUUAGAAGAGAAAGUGUGCAAUCUGGAGUCAAAAACAGAAUUGCAUGUGAAUGAAGUUCUCAAAUAUGUUUCCCCACAAGCAUAUGAGGAACCAAUGCCAUUCUCGCAAAGGUUAUCAAAAACCGUGCUUGAUAAGCGUUUUGGGAAGUAUUCUGAGACUCUUAAGAAGGUAUAUUCGACCAUCUCUUUUUCCGAUCUUGUGAGUCAAAUGCCUGAAUUUGAAAAUUUUGUGAAGGGAAUUCUAGAUCAUGAUCAUAACGGGAUGAAAUUAGAAAGUUUGGUAGUAAAGGAGAAAUGUCCUAAUCUUUUACAUGAUAGCCUACAACCUAAAUUGCAUGAUCCUGGUAGUUUUACUAUCCCUUGUAAGAUAAACAAAACAUAUUUUUAUAGGGUCUUGUGUGUUUUAGGUGCUAGUGUUAAUUUAAUGCCUUCUUCAGUGUAUAAAAAAUUAGGUCUGAAUAACCUUAAAUCUUCCUCUGUAUUUCUUCGAAUAACCGACAGGACUGUUAGACUCCCUAAGGGUGUAGUUGAAGAUGUACUAGUUAGGGUUGGUGAACUUGUUUUUUUUGUUGACUUUGUUGUAAUGGAUAUGAAAGAAGACCAUAAGAUCCCGAUUAUCUUUGGCCGCCCUUUCCUUGCUACAAGUCAAGCACUAAUUGAUGUUCCUAAUGGACAAGUGAGCAUUAGGGCUCCGGAUAAGCAAGUAGAGUUUAAGCUCUUUAAUGACCAUAGUUUCACUUUUGAUGGUGGUACCUGUCUGAGAAUUGAUGCUACUAAUCCUUUGGUUGAUAAGUGUGUAUCUAAUAGAAAUCUUGGGAGAAAAGAGGACGACAUUCCAACAUAUGAUGGCUUCAGCUACAUGAUGAAAAUGAGUUCGGAUACAAAUCAUAUCAACUCCAAUAGAGGUGGACAUAUUUAUAGACAAGAUUGUAGAGUAUCCUCUCUUCGUGGUGGUGAUCCAGGUUGA